GCGCCGCAUGUACAUUCGCGCUAAGUUCGUACACAUACAACGCUAUAGCGUAGUAAUUUAUUGACUAGAAACUUGAAGGUUCGUUUUUGGUACGUUUACAAUUUUUUGAAUACCAAUUAGAACGUUGAAUUUGCUUAAAUACGUUUACAAAUGGCAAAACACCACCCGGAUUUAAUAUUCUGCCGUAAGCAGCCUGGAGUUGCUAUUGGACGAUUGUGUGAAAAAUGUGAUGGCAGAUGUGUGAUAUGCGAUUCUUAUGUAAGACCAUGUACUUUGGUUCGAAUAUGUGAUGAAUGUAACUAUGGCUCUUACCAGGGCCGAUGUGUUAUUUGUGGUGGACCUGGUGUUUCUGAUGCUUACUACUGUAAAGAAUGCACCAUGCAAGAAAAAGAUAGAGAUGGCUGCCCUAAGAUUGUAAACCUUGGAAGUGCGAAAACGGAUUUAUUCUACGAGAGGAAAAAAUAUGGAUUCAAAAAGAGAUGAUAGCACCAACAGUACAAAUAUGCUGCGCUGCAUAUUGAGAACAAAUGAAACGAGUUGUAACAACUUUUAUACCAGUCUCAACUUUUAUCAAAAAAAUAAACUGCUUGUUUCAGAAAAUGUUUUUUUUUUGGAAAUAGUGAAAUUUUAUAAAUUGUGGUAAAUGAAUUUUAGACACCUCGGAUCAUUGAAUGAUAAUGAACAUGUUUACAGUUGUAUAUUUGGAAUUAAAAAACGUAAUUUGUAUUUUUUUACUACAUUGUUAGUGCAAAGUGCAUACGUACGUUUAUUAAAAGCACAAUUAAUCAUAAAAAGCAGGUAAAUAAUUUGAAGUUCAUCUUUGGAACAGUUAUAUGUGAAAAUAAAUUAAACAAAAAGGCAUAUGUUGUGAAUGGAAUUCAGGAUUGUAAAAAGUAGUGCAAUAUGAAUUUGUGAAUACAAAAUUUUUAGGUAGAGAGUCUAGAAAAGAGUUUUUUUUGUGGAAAAUGAAUUUUUAGACACCUCGGGUAAUUGAAUGAUAAUGAACGUGUUUACAGUUGUAUAUUUGGAAUUAAAAAAAACAUAAUUUGUAUUUUUUAACUACAUUGUUAGUGCAAAAAGUGCAUACGUAAAAAGUUCAUCUUUAGAACAGUUAUAUAAAAAGCAGGUAAAUAAUUUGAAGUUCAUCUUUGGAACAGUUAUAUGUGAAAAUAAAUUAAACAAAAAG